AUGCUCGACGCCGUGGACGCCCCAUCUUUCAAUCUCGCCGCCGUCCUGUGGGAGACGCUCUCUGAGGUGCCAUUGAGUGAGCGUGCGAGGCUGUUGGACGUGCUGGCCGCGCGGGACAUCGUGAAGCUGUGGCGGAUCGCGGGAGAGCGGUACGAGGCGGCCGGGAGGGGGAAGUGGGGGGUGCCGGGGCAUGCCGUGGCGGACGACUUCCCCGAGGAGCCGGGAGAGGUGUCCACAUUCGAUGGGAAAGCAGCCCUCGCCUGGUUCCCCUGGUUUGGUGUGGACCGCUUCAAAAAGUGCUUCUUCCUGGAUUCCUCAUACAACCUUUUUGGCCACCUGGUCGUCAACAGGGGCCCCUUGGGGGAACUCCUGUAUCCAACGUAUUUUCAGGCAUCUUGUGACCUCGCCACGAUUCCUGCAACGGGUGAAGUGGCUGACAUCAGGCUCGAUUACCUGCCUGUCAAUAAACUGAACUUGAAGGAGGAGCUCCCCAUUGCAGGAUGGCGGCCACCUGGGGACCCACGUUUUCCAUUCGGUGGCGGGCUGGUGGACUACAUGCGAGUGGUCGCGCCAGGGGUGUAUGUUGGGGUGGGGUGGAAGGCACCCAAGAAAAAGAGGGACCUUGGAAGGAGGUUUUUGUACUUUGUCCUUGUAAAACGAGUAGCUGAUUGA